AUCAGAUCAUGAUAAGAAGACGAUGAAUCGUUCGAUGGAUCAAAUUUUUGUUAUGAUUUUGAUGUAUUUGAAGUCGAAAUAAAUCACAAGUGGUCUCCUCUCUUGUCACCAAGAUGACCACAAAGGCAGCAACGUUUGCGUCGAAGAUUCAUAACCUGAAGGAUUACAGGUACCGGAUCAUCAACAACACCACGCCGCAGCCCACCGGGAUAGAAAUAGAGAAUACACUCAAGUACUUCUCUCAGUCACUUCUCAGUGUACUGAAGGAUGUGCCCAACAUCCCGGCCGAGAGUUAUGGCCCACGACAGAGAGACAGUGUCAGGCUGUCUGUGUUUCCUAACCUUAAGUAUACAGAGCUCUACUACGCAGUCCUCGACAUGAUUGAUAUUGUACCAACGAUGCAGGUCAAGCAGCUAGAGAUAGGGGAGAAUGUACUGAAGGUAUUGGGCUGUCUGGUGCCGUUCCUGGAACACGACCUGCUGGACUCCCUCCCCUACACUGUGGCCUCCACACUGGCUAUCUUCCCUCCAACCCUCCACAAAGAUACCAUAGACUUGCUCUGUAGCAACAUGCUGCCAAUGACACUAGGGUUUGAUGGCUGCCUUGAGCCGUCCUAUGCCAGCGAGUCAGCUGCUGCUAUCAUCACGAUGGUACUGCAGCAUACAGAUAACGGGUCCUUCCACUCUCAGAUCAUGGAGUGUUUCAUGAGCAUCAAACGUGACCUCAUCAAAGACAUCCUCAGCAUCAUCGCUUACGGCCCUCCAGCAGGUCGGGCUCCCGCAGCUAACCUACUGUUCUACUAUUGGCCACAGCUGAGUCCCUCCCAGUCUGACACGGGGAGGCGCAUCAACUACAGAUACGUAGCCUGGCCCCCUGUCCUUUGCCAGAGACGAGGAUGUGUUAACUCAGGAAACUGUCAGGCUGUAAAGAUGUGUUUGAACCCUGCACUGGCUAUCCACUCUGGUGACAAACCCCCACCCCUGUACAUCUGUAGUGACUGUGCUGAUGUCCUGAGGAAAGAACACAGCGAAUACAUGACUGACAUACUCCUGCCCAUGUCUCAUGCCUCAACCAUCUGUGAGAAUAAGAACUGUAAGUCCCGAGACAAUCUGGCUAUGUGUACCUGUUUCUCCAUUGACUGUGCCAGCUUUAACGGAAAUCGACCAAUCCGCUACUGUCAGAUCUGUCAUGAGUCGCGUCACAACACCAACCGGGGACGUAACCAUGUGUAUCAUGUUAGUGUGCCGGAAAUCUGGGACUGCAGCCUCGAGAUGCAACGAUACCUUAUGGAUGCCAUUGUAAGUCUUCUAAAGGAAGCCCAGCCUAUCGAGUCUAAGAGAAUGGUAGAGAUGGGCGACGAACACCGACCACAUUUCACUGACGAUGAUGAUUUCUUUGCUAUGGAGGAAGCCGGGGAAAGGAAGCUGCUCAGUCGAUACGGCAUCUGGCUGAUGGUGGAGUUGUGCAGCACCCGAGAGGACAUACCAAUUGAGAUCCUGGGGCGCCUGCUUGGAAUGCUGUUCCAGUGGUUCGAUGCUACCGCCUAUCUCCCUGACGAUAACAUUGGGAACGCAUUAGAAAAGCUGAAACCUGGUUAUAUCUAUGAGUGGCUGGAGGAGAUAGGACACACACAUUUCGAGGUGAUUGUGUCAUGCCUGCUGCCCCACCCAGUGGAGUAUGCUCGUGUAGGUGGGUUCUGGGACACGCUGGUGAGCAGGACAACACAGAUCAAGGAGGGCCUCAACUGUUUCUUCUGUCUCGUACCCUAUGACAUCAUUACUUUCGAGAUUUGGGAUUAUGUGAUGCCCUACUGGCUGGAGGCCAUUAGGACAGAAGUCCCCACAGAAGAUCUCCAUGAACUCAAAGUUCUUCUCAGCAAAGCGUUUGACAUCCAGUUAUGUCCCCUGCCUUUUACGCCGGACAGCCCUGAGAAGAUCCUGCAGUUUAUUUCCGAUCGCUUCACUGACACCAGUGCCUACGUACAGGAACAGGCACUUCAAUGGCUUCAGAUUUUGUCGACACUUGAUGUGAUCAUCCCGAUCAACAUGCUGCUGAACAUGUUCCAGAGUGGUGUGGAGAACCUGUGUACUAUCAUCACACAGGGAGAAACUAAAAAGGCCGGUGCCACAGGUGGUAACCACCAGCAGAUAUUUUCCCCUAGCACCCCAAUAGAGGAGUGCCCGCCACCUCUCAGCCCCGAGAAGUCUCAUUUAGUUGUAGAGGCGUACGAGAUAUACGACCGUGAGACAGAACUUGUUCUUCCGUGUUUUUGUAUGAUGCUGGACAUGUGCCUCAAACAGCUUGAGCUACAAGAGUUUCCUAAGUACCUUGGUAUCUACAAUGAGACGAGUCGUCAGAUCAUGUCGCUACUGACGUCGAUGCUGUGUGUGACGUGGGAUGGGAGCCACACAUGUAGCCAGGAGCUGCAGGCAUCCAGCUGUACAUUCUGUCAGAAUGUGGCCCUUUGGCACCAACUCACCUCCAAAGUCAUGUGCUGCUACUGUCCACGUGAUACGGCUAAAAUCCCACCCAAGGAUGUACCCAAGAUUGAGGAGAUGAAAUUCUCCUCCGUCAAAAACAACCCUACGCCACCAGUUUCAUCGCCCAAUGAUAGGAAAAGUUCCUCCUCUAACGGAGAGGACAGUCCAGAGGAGGAGGAAGAGAAGGAGGAGGAGGUUCCCCAGUUUGAUGUCUCCAGCAUGCCUAUCCACCUACAACUGUUUCACCAGUUUCUACAGGAGCUGUGUAAGCUAACGGACACAGAUGCCUUGUACUCCCUGCUGGUGUCCAUGAAGUACCUAAUACUCCACGGCGAGUGUCUCAACUACACCAUCAACCAAUGUCCCGACUUCGUGAAACACUGUCUCUCAAAGCACUUCAUACCCAA